AGAAAAUAGACAUAUUGCAUGUUUUUAAAUGCAGUUUACCCAAGACAUGGAAAGGAUCAGUGUGCUUCUUUACCUGUCAGGAGCUCUCAGUUUUUCUUCAGCUUUGAUCUAUCAGCGGCAUGUUUUUGUGAAACAAAAUAUGACUUGGUACCAGGCUCAGUUGUACUGUCAAACGAAUUACACAGACCUGGUGACAAUUAAGAGCAAAUGGCAAAUGGACCUUGCUAACAGCUUGAUUACUGUCAGAGGCAUUAUUGGUGUAUGGAUUGGUUUAUAUCGCAAUACCACCACUUACCUUUUCCAGUGGUCCAAUGGAGAGCAGUUCAUGUACUCACGAUGGGCCACUGGGCAACCUGGCCAGGACAACAUGUGCACUGCCAUGUCAUCAUUGUGGUAUGACUUACCCUGUAGCAAUCCAUGUUAUUUUGUCUGCUUUCAAGGUAAGAAUUCAAUAAAUCUUAACUGCGAUAGUCAGUGGACAUUUUUUUAUGGUGCAGAUGUAAAUAAAAUACAACCGUAA